AUGACUUCAAAAAAAUAUACAUCAAAAAAGGCACCAAGCAAUAAAAGAACACCGAAUGGUUUCAUACUUUAUAAAAAUACAAACAGGCUAAGCCCUCACGUUGCAAGCAAAAAAUAUAACCUGGAAACUAAAGACGUCCGUAUGGCUUUUGAAAGGCAGGCGGAAAUGAUGCGGUUAGGAUCUGUAUCAAAUUUUAUUAAUCCGGAUGCAAAAUUUUAUAAAAAUAUAUACGCACAAAUGUCAUCAAUUGCUCAAAAGAAGGCUGUGCCCCAUCAUGAUGACGGUUUUAAAGAUCCACAUGACAUGAAAUUAAUAGCUGAAAUGAUGCAGUUAGAAUCUAAAUUAAAUUUUGUUAAUCUGGAUGCAAAUUUUUAUAAAAACGCAUACGCACCAAUGUCAUUAACUGCACAGAAGAAGGCUGUGUCCCUUUCUAAUAACAGCUCUAAGGAUCCAAGUAGCACGGAGUUAAUAGCUGAAAAUAAGAUUGCAUUAUGUGUUG